GGUCACCGGCGCCCCACUUGUGGAUCUCGGCUCAGCAUCUCUCCGGCGUAUGAAUGGCCCCGGCAUGGAGGAAACGCCGUUUCAGAAAGUCAAGACCAGGCGCAAGAGGAGCCACUGUCCGCCCGGGGUUAUCGCGUGCGAGGAUGAGUUUGACUGCAAGGAGCUCGAGUCCCUCUUUCACAACUAUAACCUGAAGCUGGAGCAGACUUCCACCAUGAAAGCGCUGGCCGUGCUGCUGCUGCUAUCCACCACUCUCAGUCUGCUGGAGCUGCUGUCCGGACCGAACCUCACCGUCUCCAAGGGCUCUUAUCCCGUACACUUCAUCAUCUUCAUCUCGCUCUUUGUCGUCAUCAAUGUCAAGUACCUGCAGGUAAUGCAGCUGCAGCAGAUCAUUCACCUGACCCUGCUCUUCAGCUUCACAUUCUCCAUCCUCUGCUGUCCAUUCCCACUCAUCUCUGGAGCUUCUGGUCCAGAUCAGGGCGUGUGGCAGCUUGUUCUGCUCACAUUCGUGGCGUAUUCUCUCCUGCCCGUCCGGACGCUGCUGGCACUGCUGUUCGGAAUCAUGGUCAGCGUAUCGCACAUGAUUGUCACAGCAAUGUCAGUCACGGUUAAAACGCACAAACUGUGGAGAAUGCUGGUUGCAAACACAAUGCUUUUCACAGGUAUGAAUCUGUCGGGUCUGUUUGUGCGGAUACUGACGGAGCGAGCACAGAGGAAAGCUUUUCUACAGGCCAGAAACUGCAUCGAGGAGAGACUGCGUAUGGAGGACGAGAACGAGAAACAGGAACGUCUUCUAAUGAGUCUGUUGCCAAGGAAUGUUGCAAUGGAGAUGAAGGAAGAUUUUCUUAAACCGCCAGAGAGGAUCUUUCACAAGAUCUACAUCCAACGGCAUGACAACGUCAGCAUCCUGUUUGCGGAUAUCGUGGGCUUCACGAGUCUGGCUUCACAGUGCACGGCUCAGGAGUUGGUCAAACUGCUCAAUGAGCUCUUCGGCAAGUUUGAUGAGUUGGCCACGGAGAAUCACUGUAGGCGAAUCAAGAUUCUGGGCGACUGUUACUACUGUGUUUCAGGACUAACUCAACCCAAAACUGACCACGCUCACUGCUGUGUGGAGAUGGGCCUGGACAUGAUCGACACCAUCACGUCAGUGGCUGAAGCUACAGAGGUGGAUCUGAACAUGCGUGUGGGAUUGCACACGGGUCGUGUGCUCUGUGGGGUGUUGGGUCUCAGAAAGUGGCAGUAUGAUGUGUGGUCAAAUGACGUGACGCUGGCCAAUAUGAUGGAAGCAGGUGGACUGCCAGGGAAAGUUCACAUCACAAGCUCAACACUGGAGUGUCUGAAUGGAGAUUAUGAGGUGGAACCAGGAAAUGGUCGAGAGAGACACUCCUUCCUGCUCAAACACGACAUAGAAACAUUCUUCAUAGUGCCAUCUCACCGCAGGAAGAUUUUUCCUGGUCUGAUACUUUCAGACAUCAAACCUGCCAAAAAGAUGAAGUUUAAGACGGUGUGUUAUUUACUGGUGCAGCUCAUGCACUGCAGAAAGAUGUUCAAAGCUGAGAUCCCAUUCUCAAACGUCAUGAAUCUCGAGGAUGGAGAUAAGAGACGCGUGCUUCGCUCUGCACCAGAGAAGCUGAGGAACCGAACGCCAGUGUCAGCGAAUGCCACUCAGAGCAGUCCAGGAACACGGGUGAACCGCUACAUCAGCCGUCUGAUUGAAGCACGACAGACAGAGUCCGACACUGCGGACUUACACUUCCUCACGCUCAUGUAUAAAAACUCUGAGCGCGAGCAGAGAUAUCAUCAGUUGAAUGAUGAGUAUUUCACUGGUGCAGUGGUGCUGGCUCUCAUUCUUUCUGCACUGUUCGGCAUCAUCUAUCUACUAAUCAUACCACAGGGGACUGUCGUGCUGGUGUUGUUGGUUUUCUGCAUCUGUUUUCUAGUCGCUUGUAUCAUGUAUCUGCACAUCACUAGAGUUCAGUGUUUUCCAGGGUGCCUCACCAUACAGAUCCGCACAGUUCUGUGUGUGUUUAUAGUGCUCUUAAUUUAUGCUGUGGCUCAGGCCUUUGUGGUAGGCUGUAUGCCGUGGCUUUGGCCCACCAAUUCCACCCGCUCCAUCGUGAUCAUUGAUGCAACCGGUGGGAUGAACCGCACCAUGACCGAGCUUCCAUGUGAGGGCGUGCAGUACGCCUUCAUAUCCUGCAUGGUGGGCACGCUGACCAUGGCACUGUUCCUUCGAGUGUCCUGGGUGCCCAAAAUGGUUUUAUUAUUAGUGCUGGUGGUGCUGUACGUCACCAUACUGGAGCUGAGCGGAUUCAGACACACUGCAGGGUCUGGCUCGUUCAGUGUUCGCAGUUUGGAGCCCAUCCUGUCUCUGCUGCUGUUCUCCACUGCACUGGCCCUUCACUCCAGACAGCUGGAUCUCAAACUUCGCCUAGACUUCCUCUGGGCCACACAGGCAGAGGAGGAGAGAGAUGGCAUGGAGAAAGUGAAACUGGACAACAAGAGAAUUCUCUUUAAUUUGCUGCCUGUGCAUGUGGCACAACACUUUUUACUGUCAAACCCCAGAAAUAUGGUGAGAUCUUACACGGGACACAUUCUAAAAUCUUCUGUGUAUAAAGAUGAUCUAUUAGAUCUCUAUUAUCAGUCCUACGCUCAGGUUGGUGUGCUGUUUGCAUCCAUACCCAACUUUAAUGACUUCUACAUUGAGCUAGAUGGUAAUAACAUGGGCGUAGAGUGUCUCAGACUGCUGAAUGAGAUCAUCGCUGACUUUGACGAGCUCAUGGACAAAGAAUGUUACAAAGAUAUUGAGAAAAUCAAAACUAUUGGCAGCACAUAUAUGGCAGCAGUUGGAUUGGUGCCUACUAUUGGAACCAAGGCAAAAAAAUCCACUGCAACCCACUUGAGUACCAUAGCAGACUUUGCCAUUGAAAUGUUUGAUGUCCUUGAUGAAAUCAACUAUCAGUCAUAUAAUGAUUUUGUCUUGAGAGUGGGUAUUAAUGUAGGUCCAGUAGUCGCAGGAGUUAUUGGUGCUCGGAGGCCACAGUAUGACAUUUGGGGGAACACAGUGAACGUCGCUAGUCGCAUGGACAGCACUGGAGUGCCAGGGAAGAUUCAGGUGACGGAAGAUGUCUACCAGUUGCUUCAGAACAACUAUGAUCUGGUGUGUCGAGGUAACGUCAGUGUGAAAGGCAAAGGUCAGAUGCUCACUUACUUCCUGGAGGGCAAAGCUCAAGAUGUAGGUAACAGAGCACCACACCACACCGGCGGUCUGGAGAGGCGUGUUCAUGCCAUCGCUCGCACCAGCAGCACACAAACCAAGAAUGGCAGCACGUCAUCACUCACCUCAGGCCUCACUGCGAGGGCUGAUGGGAGUCACAGUCACAGUGCUGCCGCUAUCAAUGUGCCUACCGUCAGAGAAGAGGGUGACACCAAAAAGGACAUAGAAGAAGUGUAGAGGACAGAUCUGAAUAGGACAGAAAAAUGUACUUGGACAAUUCAAACAGGUCAAACUGAGGGACACAGCAGUGGUGAUUACAGUGACAAAACUGUGGCAGGUGAAAAAACUAAGUCAACAUAGUUUUACAAAUAAUCAACAAGACAUGAGUAAAAUAUGGAGGACCAAAGAACUCGCAAUGAAAUAAUUAAACAAUAAAUAAUUAACCCCUUAAACAUUGUGGGCGGGGCCAGAAGUGUGCAAUAAGUUUAAAUCAUUUUUCACAGAACAACCCAAACUGUCUCUGAUUUUAUUACACUUUGUCAAGGGGGAAUGGGCGCAAUAAUAGGUUUUUGGUGGAUUUCCGCCCCAGCCGUCAAACCAAAGAUAGAUAACACAGAAUUAUAAAGAAGUUUUAAAUUUAUAAGUCCAGCAGAAAAAGGAUGAUUAAAAAGUCAUCUGCAUAAUAUGUUCUCGACUAUUAAUAUAAUAUAUCUGAGGAUCUCAGCUUUUUAACGACACCUAGACUAAGCUUACUGUCCACUCAGGGGAUGAGAUAUUUGACUAAACUGUGGGGAAGGUGCGUGGGACCGCAAAAUAGACUGAAUGUCUAUGGACGAGCAAAUGGCGAAUGCUCAACUGGGUUAGAACACCACCUGCAUUUCAGAUCUGUAUAUUGUGAUGGAAGCUGAUAAAGGGCAAAUUUCUUUUUCGUAGUACUUGCUGCCAUCUAGUGGAAUGAACUGGCACUUUCUGCAGGUACAUGAGAGCAAACAGAGUUUAAUCACAGGCUUUCAAAGACAGGAUAAAAAUGUCUGUUCAUCAUGAGACUGUAAACAUAUACAAAAUUAUUUAUAAAUAUUGUAAUUUUUUUUUUUUGGUGUGGUUUCUGUAAAAUGAGACCAAUAUUUUGCAAUAAGUUCACUGUAUGUGUGAAUGGUGAGCUUCUAAAUUUGGAUGUGAAGAAUUGUAGGCAGCAGCCAAAAUAUACAACAGAG